CGGUGCGCUCAGAAUCGACGUUAAAACGAAAUACUACGAUGUUGCUUGCUUUAAUUUUGUUCAAUUUGCUUUCGCUGUUUGGGGCGGACGCGGGAAGGCAGAGGCGGUACCUCGUGUACCCUGACGGUGGCCCAGCCAGAGCACAGUUCAUCAUCGGUCUCGGUGUGCCAGUAGACCUGAAAGAGCAGUCAGUUACCGUCGGUACAGUAAUAAAGUUCCAAUAUGAUUUGCCUACAAACAGUACUGAAUACACAAGUAGGAUCUACGGUUUCGCUGAAACAGUCUCGAGGGACAUGAACGGAGACAAUCCAACAAAAGACGUUUCAAAUGAAAUAGAUUCAGACGAGUCAAGACAAAUAGAUGAGACAGAAGAUCUUGUAACAGAGGAACCCGAGGGAGACAACGAUACGUUAGUCGAUCUCACUUUUGAUGAUAGACGAAAGAGGUCCCUCGUUUAUUCUGAGAAUGCUGUCCUAAUUACUGACAGUAGUACUGCUAGUAAUGAUUUGUCUUUAGAAGAAGCGAUUAGAAAGCAAGAAAUGAUUGAUCAGAACGCUUUGGAAGAAGAAGAGGAGCCACAAAGAAUGAAUCGAUGGGACUUCUACAAAGUUAUAGAACGGAUGGUUGAAAGGUACGGGUAUUCAGGCCGGCCGUGCUUGCUUCGAACAAUCUGCGAGGCUGCAGAGGUACCAUUCACCCAUGAAAACGGUUUGCUCGGCGAAAUUGGACAUAUUCUAUUCACUAUUUACACUCCGUCGGCGCCGGUGCGCUCAGAAUCGACGUUAAAACGAAAUACUACGAUGUUGCUUGCUUUAAUUUUGUUCAAUUUGCUUUCGCUGUUUGGGGCGGACGCGGGAAGGCAGAGGCGGUACCUCGUGUACCCUGACGGUGGCCCAGCCAGAGCACAGUUCAUCAUCGGUCUCGGUGUGCCAGUAGACCUGAAAGAGCAGUCAGUUACCGUCGGUACAGUAAUAAAGUUCCAAUAUGAUUUGCCUACAAACAGUACUGAAUACACAAGUAGGAUCUACGGUUUCGCUGAAACAGUCUCGAGGGACAUGAACGGAGACAAUCCAACAAAAGACGUUUCAAAUGAAAUAGAUUCAGACGAGUCAAGACAAAUAGAUGAGACAGAAGAUCUUGUAACAGAGGAACCCGAGGGAGACAACGAUACGUUAGUCGAUCUCACUUUUGAUGAUAGACGAAAGAGGUCCCUCGUUUAUUCUGAGAAUGCUGUCCUAAUUACUGACAGUAGUACUGCUAGUAAUGAUUUGUCUUUAGAAGAAGCGAUUAGAAAGCAAGAAAUGAUUGAUCAGAACGCUUUGGAAGAAGAAGAGGAGCCACAAAGAAUGAAUCGAUGGGACUUCUACAAAGUUAUAGAACGGAUGGUUGAAAGGUACGGGUAUUCAGGCCGGCCGUGCUUGCUUCGAACAAUCUGCGAGGCUGCAGAGGUACCAUUCACCCAUGAAAACGGUUUGCUCGGCGAAAUUGGACAUAUUCUAUUCACGCCAUCUACAACGAAGGACACAUUGUCUCAUCACACAGAUAAUGAAUAUCAUGCAGCUGAGAGGCUGGGCAGAGAGACGGGAGUCAAUUGUGAGGAUCUCUUCCCGGAAUGUGAAGGCUCCAUUCUAGAAACCUUUACACAGAUAGGAGAGGACACAUUGCAUAGAUUUGGGUUCCUGUAAUGUUAUAGAACUGUUUUAAGAGUAAAAAGGUGUAGAAGUGUUUUUAGGUAUAUUUUAAGUGUUUUCAUACUAAGGGAUGAUUUUUUAUCGACUAUGUAUUGCGAAGCUCAUUACAAAUCAGCAAUUACUAAAACAAAAAGAAACACAUAUAAUGUUGUUUUUAAUUCAUUUCAUAAUUCAUAACGCUGUGAGUUGUGUGUGAAAUUUUUAUUUAAAAAUUAUCCCUUAGACACAUUAUUUUUUUAAAGAUUCAUCUGGACUAUAUUUUUACAGCAUGAUACAGAAUUGAUCCUAAUUUAUUUACGAUAUGUCUCAACACAGUAUACUCGAAAACUAGACAAAGAGACCUACGCGGUAGACCGGUCAUUAGUCACUUUUGUGGUAGUGUAAUUUCAGAAAGAGAAAUGCUAAAUAUUAAUUAAGUUUACAUUUUUUGUACAUAAAAUAUACUAUGGCAGACGUAAUUAUGAUCAUAUUUAUAAAAUGCAUCGAUUAUUAUGUAGGUAUGUGAUACUUCCAAAUGUCGACAAAAAUAAUCUUCUUG